AUGUGGUGCCUGCUGUGGUUCCUGCUGUGGUGCCUGCUGUGGUUCCUGCUGUGGUGCCUGCUGUGGUGCCUGCUGUGGUGCCUGCUGUGGUGCCUGCUGUGGUGCCUGCUGUGGUUCCUGCUGUGGUGCCUGCUGUGGUUCCUGCUGUGGUGCCUGCUGUGGUUCCUGCUGUGGUGCCUGCUGUGGUUCCUGCUGUGGUUCCUGCUGUGGUUCCUGCUGUGGUGCCUGCUGUGGUUCCUGCUGUGGUGCCUGAUGUGGUUCCUGCUGUGGUGCCUGCUGUGGUUCCUGCUGUGGUUCCUGCUGUGGUGCCUGCUGUGGUUCCUGCUGUGGUGCCUGCUGUGGUUCCUGCUGUGGUGCCUGCUGUGGUUCCUGCUGUGGUGCCUGCUGUGGUUCCUGCUGUGGUUCCUGCUGUGGUGCCUGCUGUGGUUCCUGCUGUGGUGCCUGCUGUGGUUCCUGCUGUGGUUCCUGCUGUGGUGCCUGCUGUGGUUCCUGCUGUGGUGCCUGCUGUGGUUCCUGCUGUGGUGCCUGCUGUGGUGCCUGCUGUGGUGCCUGCUGUGGUUCCUGCUGUGGUUCCUGCUGUGGUUCCUGCUGUGGUGCCUGCUGUGGUUCCUGCUGUGGUUCCUGCUGUGGUUCCUGCUGUGGUGCCUGCUGUGGUGCCUGCUGUGGUUCCUGCUGUGGUUCCUGCUGUGGUUCCUGCUGUGGUUCCUGCUGUGGUGCCUGCUGUGGUUCCUGCUGUGGUUCCUGCUGUGGUGCCUGAUGUGGUGCCUGCUGUGGUGCCUGCUGUGGUUCCUGCUGUGGUGCCUGCUGUGGUGCCUGCUGUGGUGCCUGCUGUGGUGCCUGCUGUGGUUCCUGCUGUGGUGCCUGCUGUGGUUCCUGCUGUGGUGCCUGCUGUGGUGCCUGCUGUGGUUCCUGCUGUGGUGCCUGCUGUGGUGCCUGCACGGAUUCCAAUGCCGGUGUCAAAUUCAGAAGCUCUGA